GACAGUGGACAUAAUUACUAUGAGUGUAAUGUGACAAUCAGUUUUCCUGAAGUAAUAGCGAGCUGUAAAUGCGUAGCGGUGCGAGUAGCGGAGGCGUGCGAGCGCGCUCGGUGGUGGUGGCGGCAUGGGCGGUGAGCAAGGGAUGCAGCCCGGCUCGGUGGUGCACGGGCGAUCGGAUCGGGCUGCGGCUGCCGGCUCUCAGUGUCGCUCAGAUCGCGGCGCGCGUUGGUCGUGCGUCGAGCGCGUGUGGAGUGAUGUCUGCGAGAUGAGGCUGUCGCUGGUGCUACUGUGGCUGGGCGCGGCGGCGGCAUGCGGCCCGAGCCGCGGCUACACCCGCCGUCAGGGCACGCGCCGCAUCACACCCCUGGUCUUCGGGCAGCACGACCCUAACAUUAGUGAGAACAAGAAUACCGCCAGUGGACCUCCUGAGGGUCGCAUCACCAGAGACGACGAGAGGUUUAAAGACUUAGUGCCGAAUUAUAAUCCGGACAUCGACUUUAGGGAUGAUGAGGGGACUGGUGCUGAUCGCCUCAUGACACAGAGAUGCAAAGAGAAGCUGAACACUCUGGCGAUCAGCGUGAUGAACCAAUGGCCUGGAGUGCGGCUGCGUGUCAUCGAAGGCUGGGACGAGGAGAACUCGCAUCUAGAAAACUCUCUGCACUACGAGGGCCGCGCAGUCGACCUCACUACCAGUGACCGCGACCGCUCCAAGUACGGCAUGCUCGCGAGACUCGCAGUGGAAGCCGGCUUCGACUGGGUCUACUAUGAGAGUCGAUCGUACAUACACUGCUCCGUCAAGACAGAGUCUUCCGUGGGAACCGGUGCAGGUUGUUUCCCUGAAGGUGCUAUGGUGUACACAGAGAAGGGCCCUCGCGAUAUCACAACGUUACGAAUAGGAGACAAAGUGCUGUCGGCCUCAGACGACGGCAAAAUGAUUUAUUCUGAGGUGUUAACUUUCAUCGACCGCGAUCCGAAUGCUACACGGCAGUUCAUUGAAGUGACAGCAGAGAACGGUGUGACGAUCACAACUACACCGUCGCAUCUACUGCUGCUAGCGGCGGCUGAUGGGUGGCGGGAGUCGUUCGCGUCCAAUGUUGAGAUCGGGGACGUACUACUGACGAGAGGACCGGCCGACGUUAUGCGGCCGUCCAGGGUCGUAAAGACCCGUAUGUUGCCGAAGCGCGGAGUGUACGCGCCUUUGACAAGGACUGGCACGAUCAUAGUGGACGACGCGUUGGCGUCGUGCUACGCGCUGGUCCGGAGCCACUCGCUGGCGCACGCGGCGAUGGCUCCGCUGCGGUGGAUGGCGCGGUGGAGAAGCUCUAGCGAGCUGCCGCGCGGCGUGCACUGGUACGCGAGCGCUCUCUACUCGGUCGGGGACUUCGUGCUACCGACCUCGUAUAGGUAUCGCUAGCGCAGUGAGUGAGUGCUGACAAUAUGUGGUCGGUGUGAGAAUAAACCGCACGCGGGACGUGCACAAGGACACUGUUGUAAAUAUCGAUCGUGUAAAUAGUAGAGUGAGUAUGACAGACUACGAUAUGUAAAUACUUGGGUAGCGAACAUUAAAAUGUUUAAUAUUAUAUAUGCUCGUCGUUAACGGGCUUUACUUACCCCAUUGGAAUUUAUUUAUUAAGUAAUUUAAGAAACUUUUUGCAAAUUUUGCAUAUUAUUUAGUUAACUUACGAAUAUUUUUUGUAAAUUGUAUCGGUAUUGUUAUUCUGCACAAUGCAGAAAUACUUAAAUGUAUGCGCUUAUGUUAUUUUAAGUUACUGUAUAAAGAUUAGGAAUAAAAUUAAUUCACUUCUUUAGCAAAUCCGAAGAGUAAUAUUUGUGUAAUCAAGGGUUUUGAUUGCAACAGUGCAGUGUUCGUAUGUUCGGUACGAGAUUCAGCUGUAACCAGACAUUCCAUAACUCUAAUCCUUCAUCUUACACACGUUAGAAAUGAUGAAAUUGUGAUCUUGGUACCUAAAAACGUGCCUUAAGAUUUUAUUUAUUGUUAUUUAUAAGCUAGGUGUCUAUUUAUGAAUUGACAAAAGUAUUUAGGUCUAACUUAUUCUAUUAUGUCCGAUACCGUCUUUAUUUCUAAGCAACUAUUUAUUUAAUUCUCUUAAUAAUCUUCCAAGUUUUCUUUCAACGCUUGACAUCGUUUAUUAUUUGCUUUAAUUUCAAAGUAUCCUUGUUGUUUCUCUAACAAUGCAUGACUUGAUGAUAGUACUAAUACUCGCGCGUGUCCUGCGGAUACGACACGACAUGCGACGACUUUAUAGAUCACUUGUUAGAUCUUGAACUGAAGUAUGGGUUCCUAUAGAUUGAAUUUAGUGGAAUGUUGUAAGACUUGUGAGUGCAACGAUAAUUUUUAGAAAUAAUUUCUUAGGACAAAAUUGUUUGAAUUAUAUUUAUUAUACGAAACAUUCACAUCUGUACUAAUUGCUAAUUGAUUGAUGUCAGCGACAAACGUUAACUAAACUUCUAAGUUAUAAAAUAGUAAUUAGUGCUUAUGUAGACUAUACUAACAAAUUUUAUAGGUACAUACAUAAAUCGGAAAGCUUUAACUAAUAUUUGGACAAUACAUUUAUGCCAUAUUAUUAUAACUUAGUUUAAAAAACUAAAUGCAGUGGGUGUAACAGUGGCGCCCUUUUCAAUGUACAUCAGUGGAGAGUUUUAUUUAUAGUUUGAUAUCAUAAUAUGUUGGCAGUCACCUUAGAAUUAAAUGCUUAUAAAUAUGUAGAUCUGUCGAAGAUUUAAAGAUUUUCUUUUUUCAUCUGUCUGCGUAUUACCUUCCAAGCACUUAUCUUUUUCCGUUAUGGUCUAGCAGAUAAAUGGGAAUAAAGUUUCAAUGAAUAGGCAAUAAUGGUUAAUUACAAAGCUGAAAUGUUAAGAACAAACAGUCACUCUAAAGUUGUAUGUCACUCUGACGUAAAACAGAAGGUCAAUAGUUCGUCAUAGUGCGAAUAUUUUAAUCAAACAUUGCCUUAGUUGUGCCUUAACUUUGCCGUUAUUUACGUAAUAUGCCUAUACCAACACAUAACGAGUUAGAACUAGUAUGUAAGUGCUAUUUCAUUAUCCGUUUACUAUGUUAACUAGGAAAUGGAAAUUGUUACAUUAUAUUUUUCAAUAUAAACUGACGGAACUAUAUUCCCAACGUAGGAUAUUUAACUGUUAGGAAAACAGCCCAAUAUUUGAAGAAUAAAGAUUUAAAAAACGAAUAAUAUAAAUUCACAUUUAUCUUAUGAAGUAUUCCUAAUAUUUUAAACCAUGUUAAAAUGUAUAAUUGAUAAAAAUAAACUGUUUUAUCGAGUAAAUAAUUUCGAUGGUGUCUUCAAUACAGAAUUAUAAAUAAAACAUCAUUUGACCAUUUAUAUUCUUUUUCAUUUUUGUCAGAUACAGUUCUAAAGUAUGAUAAAGAGUAGUUGUAUUGUUAUACUGUUUUUUGCGGUUCACCCUAGUAUUCAAUAAAAAGCUUUUAAAAAAGGCAACAAGAUUAACGGUAAACUUAAGGAUUAUAAACAAAAAACAGAUUAGAGACUCUUUUGCUUCAAAAUGUUUAAUAAUUACAUGUAACUAAAACUGUGUUGUUUAAGUGAAUCGUUACAAUUUCUGUGCUUCCAAUACGGUGCGUAGAAAACUCUAGUAAAUAUGUAUUGUAUCCAUAAAAAUAAGUGAAAAACCAAUGUAUGAUACAACGAUACGUAAUUAUACUUUUACACUAUUUAUUUAUUGACGUUAUAUUUGUAUUAAUAUAUAAAAAUGGCGUUCAGUAUCCACGCGUUAGUAAGUGGACUACUGAUGUUUCAGAGCUUCUUGUAAAGAAAGUUAAUGUUGAGGAAAUUGUUUGAUGUACCACUGUCGUGUUAUCAAAAUGUAUUAUAAUAUCAAAAUAAAUAAAAUGUUGGCUUUG